UUCUUCAAAAUAAAACCCCACAAAAGGAAAAUAAUCACAACAAUUUCAAAAUAUGGUUCUCUCUCUAAUCCUUCUCUCUCCCCUCUUCCUUCUCCUCGCCUACAACCUCUACAACCGCCUCCGGUUCAAGCUCCCCCCAGGGCCACGCCCGCUUCCGGUCGUCGGAAACCUGUACGACGUCAAACCGGUCCGGUUCAGAUGUUACGCGGAGUGGGCGAAGCAGUACGGUCCGAUCAUAUCGGUGUGGUUUGGGUCGACGCUGAACGUGGUGGUGUCGAACACGGAGUUAGCGAGGGAGGUUCUGAAGGAGCACGACCAGAGCCUGGCGGACCGGCACCGGAGUCGAUCGGCGGCGAGAUUCAGCCGGGAUGGGAAGGAUCUGAUCUGGGCGGAUUAUGGACCGCAUUAUGUGAAGGUAAGGAAAGUUUGUACAAUCGAACUGUUCUCUCCGAAACGACUUGAAUCUCUGAGGCCGAUCAGAGAAGAUGAAGUUUCCGCCAUGGUUGAAGAUGUUUUCAACCACUGCACUAAUCCUGAGAACUAUGGAAAGAGUUUGAAGCUGAGGGAGUUUCUGGGAGCAGUUUCAUUCAACAACAUCACAAGGCUCGCAUUCGGGAAGAGGUUUGUGAAUUCCAAUGGCGUUUUGGAUGAACAGGGCUUGGAAUUCAAGGCCAUUGUCGCCAAUGGCCUCAAGAUCGGCGCUUCCCUGGCCAUGGCUGAGCACAUCCCUUGGCUCCGCUGGAUGUUCCCUCUCGAAGAAGAAGCCUUCGCCAAGCACGGCGCCCGUCGUGACCGCCUCACUCGAGCCAUCAUGGACGACCACACCAAAGCUCGCGACCAGAGCGGCAAUGUCAAGAACCACUUCGUUGACGCUCUCCUCACUCUCAAAGAUAAGUACGAUCUCAGUGAAGACACCAUCAUUGGCCUCCUUUGGGAUAUGAUCACGGCCGGCAUGGAUACAACAGCGAUUUCAGUGGAAUGGGCAAUGGCGGAGAUCGUAAGAAACCCUAGAGUGCAGAAGAAAGUUCAGGAGGAACUAGACAAUGCGAUUGGAGUAGAUCGGAUCAUGACAGAGAACGACUUCUCAAAUCUUCCAUAUCUCCAAUGCGUCGUAAAGGAGGCGAUGAGAUUACAUCCACCAACGCCAUUAAUGCUGCCGCACAGAUCCAACGCCAACGUGAAGAUCGGCGGCUACGACAUCCCCAAAGGCUCGAACGUGCACGUGAACGUAUGGGCGCUGGCACGUGACCCGGCAGUGUGGAAGAACCCGGAGGAAUUCCGGCCGGAGCGGUUCUUAGAAGAGGAUGUGGACAUGAAAGGGCACGAUCUGCGACUGCUGCCGUUCGGAGCAGGGCGGAGGGUGUGCCCAGGGGCUCAAUUGGGUAUCAAUUUGGUGACAUCAAUGUUGGGGCACCUCCUCCACCACUUCGAAUGGACUGUGUCGCCGGGGAUGAAGGCGGAGGAGAUCGACAUGACGGAGAGCCCUGGUUUGGUGUCGUACAUGAAGACGCCGGUGCAGGCGGUGGCCACUCCCAGGCUGCCUUCAGGACUGUACAAACGUGUGCCUGUGGACAUGUAAGAUCUUCACCUUCGUUUUGUUUUGAUGUUUGGUGUUUAGAUUUUGGAUUUACUAAAAAUGGGUUCUUCUGGUUGGAACUGAGGUUGAAGAUUGUUUGUGUUAAUGGAAAACUCUUCUGUAAAUCUCAAAUGUAGGCAACCAUGACAGAAACAGAUGUUUUCAAUGAGUAUUUCAUAUUACUUUUGAAGCCUUUUCUA